CUUCCCACUCUCCCUUCCUUGACUCAGCCACAAAUCUAGACCCGACGUUUUUUAUUAUGAGACACCUCAGGCUUUGCUUGACUCAGGCUGGCUCCAAGAGUGCAGCAUGAGGCCCCAAGGCCUUCUUCUCUUGGCAGCCCUGUUGGCCCUAGGCAGCCAGCUGCCUGGCACAGUAGGCUGGAAGAAGCAUGAGAGAUCAGGGGGCUGCCCACCUGACGACGGGCCAUGCCUUCAAGUCAUCCCAAACCAGUGCAUGAUGGACUCUCACUGCCCAAUCGGGAGGAAGUGCUGCUCUCGGGGCUGCUUCCUCCAGUGCCUGCCUAAAGUCACGGUAAAGCUGGGCCAGUGUCCCAUAGAUUCAAUGCACUGCCUCAGCCCCAUCCAGCACCUGUGUAAGCGAGACAAGGAAUGUUCUGGCAACAAGCGAUGCUGUCCUGGAGCCUGUGGCCGAGACUGCCGGAACCCUGUCAGAGGCUAACUCCUGCUCCCCUUCCCCAGCACUGGCUGGAUGAGACAACAGCUGCAUUGGUCAUUCUCCCCCAGGGCCUCCCUGCUCUGGAGAGCAGAGGGGGCCGAGGGGGCAGCCUCUCCUUGCCAUCACCUGGGAUUCCUCACUGCCUUCUGAGAUGGGACUGCCAUGCUCUAAACCCUUAAGCAGUUCUGUGAUCAGUAGUGGGAGAACUGAAAGGACCCAACACUGGGAAUGGAAGGUUGUCUUCCCACCUGUCUCUUUCUGUGAGACUUGGGGCAAGUCCCCUAAGCUCACUGAGGCUUAGUUUUCUCCCCUGGAAGAUGAGGAAAAUUCUUUCCUCUGUCCCACUGGUACAGUCUUGGGUGGGGUGUGGAGGUUUGAGGGCUUUUUAACCUGCCCAUACUGUGAACUCAAUAAAUUCUGGCAUUGUUUGUA